AUGACAGCCCAGUGUAACAUCUGUUCUGACUUUUUUGUCAACGACCCGUCAGUGACCAUAACAGCGAUCCAAUGCGGACACACGUUUCACAAACCAUGUAUGACUAAUUGGCUUAGGAAGUCGAAAACCUGUCCUAGCUGUCAAACUCAGGUAGAUCCAAUACAGGUGAUAAAUCAACUUCAUUUUGACGGGGAUGAUCAGCAGAUCAGAAAAAUUGAGAAAUUAAAGAGAAAAGUAAAGGGUCUCAAAGACGAAAAAGAGAAAACUAAUAACGAUAUGGAGGAACUGAAAACAAAGUACAAGAAAAUUAAAGCUGAGAAAAAAAUUAUAAAGGCAAAAUUGGAAGACAAGGAGAAAAUCCUUGAAGAUAAGGAUAAAGAGAUUGAAGACCUUAAGAUGCAACUCAAGUCAAAGUCAAAGGAAGAUCCGAAAAAAUCCCUGAAAAGGAAAAAAAUUGGAAUGGUAAGGAAAGGCAAAAAAGCUCCGUCAGUCGUGUGA